AUGGCUGCCUCAACGUGGCUUUUGAGAAGAGCGCUUGUUGGGUCCCGUGGUGUAUCAUAUCACAUAAAAAAGCUACCUAACACUUUAAAGGCAUUGAGAGUAAGUUUUCCAUGCGAUUUACUGUUAUGGGUGCCAAAACACCUGUUGAAACUUCACAAAUACUCUUUUUGAACUUUUUGUACGCCUUUCAGUUGUGUUCGUCUAGCUCCAGUGCAGGAAGACCCCAACAUGAAUACCAAGACAAGCCAAGAUUUCCAGGCGCUUUGAACUCAUAUUACACAGAAAAAUUGGAAUUUGAUGAUCCAGACGAUGGAGAAGCCAUCCCAGUCUAUCGAGUCAUGGAUCGAAAUGGAAAAGUCUUUAACGAAGCCCAUGAUCCCAAGGUGUGCUGCUGGUUUUUUUACCUCCCUUUUCUUUGAUUUUUUUUCCAGGGAGAUCGAGAAGUUGUUGCGUCGUCAUUCCCCCAGACAUUUAGACAAGCUUUUCUCUUUUUUUGCCUCUCCCGAAAUGACAGAUUCUUGAGAUUCCAGGGAGAAGAGUUUUCUUAUUGUUGUAUUAAUCGACGUGUUCCCUUGACAUUGCCUUGGGGGUGUGUUGGGGGCUGGGUCAUACGGGAGUUGUUUCCCCUUUUCCAUUUCCCUUGCGUUGUUCCCUUUUUUUUUCAAAUAAGUUUUGGUUCUGAAAUUUCUAAAAAUUAGUGUAAAAUUACUGAUAACAUUGUUACCUGUUUUUCUUAGAUGAUGGUUUUGAAUGUUUGUAGAAAUUUGCUUUGAAGUAGUGAUAUGACAUUCUUCCAUUACAUGUUUCUUUCCUUCACACUUUUUUUUUCACAAUGAGUUCCAUACAGACCAUCUCUUUAUUUCUUAGCCACUGUAGAAUACUGAGUCAAAUGAAUUUUUUUCAGGCAGCCAAAAAAAUAUUUUGGGAAAAUGACCAUGGUAAUAAUAUACCUCUUAUUAUUCAGCUGAGGCAUUUUGUUUUUGUUGUAGCUUGACAAAGAAACAAUAAAAAACAUGUACAAGCAGAUGACUCUGUUGAAUACCAUGGACCGUAUCCUCUACGAGUCACAAAGACAGGUUAUAUGAGUGAAGAGAUAUAUAAUCAGAGGGAUGUUGUGUCCAUGUAGUUAGCCUGCUUCAUGACCCUGCAUUGAAAGAUGUGUACUGAGUUCAAGAGCCAGCUGGGAACAUGAGUCAAAUCUUUGUACUCUGCCCACCUGGGAGUUCAGACCUAAUACUCCAAAGCUUAUAUUCCAACAGUAUUUGCUUAUGUUUAACUAUUUGCUAGUUUAUUGCUUAUAACUCAUUUUUCCCUUCAGUUGUGCUGUGAUAUAAACUUUUAAAUCCCUUUAUACCUUACUCCUUAAAAGUCAUUUGGUUUGCAAGUGGAAUUUUGUAUUCAUUGAGAGAAAUGAACUGAUUCUAUACAAGGCUGUUUGGGCACUUCAUUAUAGUAGAAAGUAGAGUGAAGAACUGUUGAUGAUUGUUCUAUGAUAUGUGGACAGUUCUUUGGAGAGGCUCCAUGUAUACUGCAAAAAUAAACAGCUGUUUGCAUAAAAGUUGUCAGAAAAAGGACAAAUUACAAACAACAAUUGUGGAAGGUAAUCUAGUUAUCUGGAAAUCAAUGAAUUUUAAUAAGUGGAACAAAUAAAUAUGGAGAAAAAUAAAAAUGAACAGGGUAUGAAUACCAACAUGCAUGUGAAUACGACAGGGACAAAAAAUGGAAUAUUACAUCGUAAACAUUUUUUUUCAGGUCACUUUGAAUUCGCUCUUGUUGAGUUUACAUCAUUUUUGUCCUUCAUUAGGGUUAGUCUUUCAUCAAGUUCAGAAUUAAAAUCCAGUGUUGCAAACAAAAUAAAUUCAUCAAACCCGCUAAGCCAAGGCCUCACCCUUACAGUGAUGUUUUCUCAGAUUUCUCUGAAAUCCUGAGGUCAAGAACUGUGACCUGAAAACUACCCACACUUCCUUAUGGGGUUGUCCCAAGCACUUUUGUUUUUCUGACAACCUCUUUGCAAACAGCUGUAUCUAACUUUUAGUAAUCAUGAAGAAUAGACUCCCUUUCUGACUUCUUUAGGGAAGGAUAUCAUUUUACAUGACAAACUAUGGUGAAGAAGCCACUCACUUUGGAAGUGCUGCAGCUCUUCUGCCUGAAGAUAUGGUGCUUGGUCAGUACCGUGAAGCUGGUGUCUUAAUGUGGAGAGGUUUCACUUUAGAUGACUUCAUGAAUCAAUGUUAUGCCAAUCAGCAUGACUUUGGGAAGGGUAGACAGAUGCCUGUUCAUUAUGGCUCAAAGAACCUUAACUUUAUCACAAUUUCAUCCCCUCUGGCAACUCAGAUGCCUCAAGGUGAGUUUUUAGUAAACCUUUUUACUCUUGUGCCUAUACACCUUAACAUCAGUAUCCUCAUUCUCUAUACUUUUCUCUAUACAUUUCCUUUGAUACUGACAAGGAGAAUUCAUUUAACAAUCAAAACUUCUGAGGUUGGUGAUCAUUUCCUUUAUUCUCACAGUCUUAAUGAGUAAUUCAGCAGUAUUAUUGUAAGGAGAAAUUAGAUACUGAUCACUCUCAAGGUUUAGAGGGUUAACAAGGCUAUGCUUUUGUAGAAAGCGGAUACUGCAGCAGUGACUUUUUUCUUUAGACAACUUGUUUGCUGGGCUCCUUAUUGAUUUAGGCACUGAAUCACCUCUGAGAGAGCACAAAAUUUCCAAAGAAAAUUAAUAAUGAUGAAUUCUGUUUUUCUCAUUACUCCUGAGAAUUGCUGAUGAUUUAAGAAUUGGUUUACACAUCGGCUUGCUUUUAUCAGGGUAAGAAGUAUUCUCAAAGAGUAGGGAGCAUGAAUGUUGAUUGUAAAAAUGCAUGAGAUGCAGCCUAGGGCAACUCUGCCUUUUUAACCCUUUAACUCCGAAGAUCUCAUUAGUAAUUCUCCUUACUGUUUCCCAUACAGUUCUUGUGAUGUUAGUUUGGAGAAUUUGGUAUUGGAUCAACUUAUAAUCCCCUAACUUUUAUUUUUCUUUAUUCUCAUCUCUUGCCUGCUUGAUAAUGUAUUGAUAUUUUAAGGAGAAAUUCUGUCUUGGUCACUCAUGGGAGUUAAAGGGUUGAGGGCCCUCCAAACCUACCAAAGGCUUUAUAUCUGGAUAAACAAUGUAAUGUAAUGUAGUACUGGUACUGAGUGAUAGUUCAAAACCUAUUUUCAGCAUCUGGAUAUGCAUAUGCUGUAAAGCGAGCAGGCACUGGAAAUUGUGUCAUCUGCUACUUUGGUGAAGGAGCAGCAAGUGAAGGAGAUGCCCAUGCUGCCUUUAACUUUGCUGCAACUCUUGAAGCUCCUGUCAUUUUCUUCUGGUAAAAAUAAAAAUUAGAGACCUCUAAAUUUUUUUUUUGUUUAGCUGAUUAGCUCCCUGACAUGUAGUUCUCCCUCCUAAAUGCAUUAUUGUUUCUUUGUGUCCAGAUCUAUAAGCAUUUUUUCACAAAUGCUGGAACCUGGUUGGUUAUGCUUGCCUAGCUAGUUACUAUCUAUUCCACAAUAGAUUGUAUGUAAAGUUAGAAGCCUGAUGAUUGGCAGUUUAAAACUAAAGUAAAUUAUAUGAAAAAAAAAAGUUGGCUGUCUUGUUGUUAAGUUUAAUUGAUAUGGGUGUCGAUCAUCCUCAUUAGUUAUCAUCUGUGAUAGAAAUCAAGAGUGAAUGAUCUAAUUGUUAAUUAUGCUGGUCGAGAGAAUUUGUUCAGAUUUUCUAUUCUUGUUACCUACUGCUGAAAAAUCUUUGGCAUUUUUGGGGAGAAUUUAAAGGUUUAUCAUUUCUGAGAGUUAAAGGAUUAAGAGAACAUGAAACUCUGUACAUCUUCACUAAAUCAUUUGAUUUGGCAUAAAUUUGUAAAUUCAUUAUUGACUCUUAGUGUGAAUGUAUUUAUGUUUUUGUAUUGUUUCCCCUUCUUGAGUUAUUGUGAUGAUGAUUUAUGUAUGUUUUUGUGUGUAGAGUAUCAGAAUGUCAGACCUUUUGAUAUCUUUUGCCAACAGCCGCAACAAUGGUUAUGCCAUAUCUACUCCAACAGGUGACCAGUACAGAGGGGAUGGAAUUGGUAAUUGUUAUCAUUUCUCUGUUUUUUGUAAUGUACUUUGUUUUAUGUCUCCUCUCUUGUCAUAUCAACCCUUCAAAAUCUCAGCUAUGUCAAAUAGCUGUUCUAUUUAACAUGCCACUUUUAGUGGGCAAUAUUAAGGAGUGGGUGCUUAAAGACCUGAACUGACUUUUGAUGUACCUUCAACUUCUCCUUAUGUUUCACAAAGGAAUGAGAGACAAUUUAAUGGGAGAAUCCAUAAGUUUAUCAGAAGUAACUUCCAUGCAUCCCUUCAAACAGAAAAUUAACCUAAGCAAUACAACAUGAAAAAAAUUCUGGCUUCAAUGUUCCUCCCAGAUGUUAGUUGGGAACUACCCAUGGUGGAUCUAGGGGAGGGGCCUGGGGGGCCCAGGCCCCCCUCUUAUUUUGGUAAAAAAAAAUAAGAAUUGCAGAAGGAAGAAAAGACAGCAGGGCAAGUGACAAAAAAACCAGCAAACCCCCCCUUAACUCAAGGUUUGGAUCCACCACUGACUGCUAACAACUGAACUAUGAAGCUACACAUUAGUAGUGAGGCAAUGUUAGUUUGAUGAUUAAAAUUCACCACAGGCUGCUUGAAGCAACAUGUGAAUACUAAUUGCCCACACGUGCCAGUGUGAUAUUGACAUCAAAUGGUAAUUUAAUUAUAAUAAAUAAAUGCUUCUCACUAAAUUUUCUUUUUCUACUCACCCAUAAUUUCAUGUGUUUAGCUGGACGUGGCAGGGGUUAUGGAAUGAAGGCAAUUCGUGUGGAUGGAAAUGAUGUCUUUGCUGUGUACAAUGUCACUAAAGCAGCUCGGAAAAUUGCAGUCGAACAGUCACAACCAAUCAUGGUGGAAGCCAUGACUUACAGGUUAGAUAGAGUAACAGUCUCUGCAGCCCCUCAAAAUUAGAGAAAAGUAAAAAACAAGUUUUCAAUUUUCCUUUACAGAAGGAAACACAAAGUGGCACAUUCACAUUUUUUAACUCUUCUGAAAUAAUGGUUCCAACUUUACCACUACCUGCAGUGAAUAGAAUUAUGAAGAGUUUAAAUGUGGUAAUUCUCCGCCCUGUCUUUCAUACAUUUCUUAGGAUGUUAGUCAAGAAUUUGGUGUUGGAUCAACUUAUAAUCCCUUAAGAAACAUUUUUCAUUUUUUUGUGUUCUUAUUGUUUGUCUGCUUGAUGUUGCAUUGACAUUUUAAGGAGAAAUUCUGUCCUGGUCACUUAUCAGGGUUCACCAUCUCUUAAAAUCUUAGGUUUAGAGGUAAGAAGCACAGGUCAAAAUAAGCACUUUUGAGAGAGGGCACACAAAUCCUUUAGCGAUGCAAAAAGAACUAUUUAACCUAUCAUUAUUCACCUUCCCUUCGUGAUGAGUAUAACAACAUAAUUGCUCUUUGGCGACACUGAUUCUUUUCUUCUUAUUUCCCAGAAUUGGUCAUCACAGCACUAGUGAUGAUUCCUCUGUGUACCGCUCUCUAAAAGAAGUCAAUUAUUGGGACAAGGAGGACCAUCCCAUUGGAAGGCUGAGGUAUGUUUAAAUCAGAAUAGCAAAUAACUUGUGAUCUUUUUAGCUUGUUUCUUAGAUCCCAAAUCUGUAUGGUAACAGGUUGUACUCGAUAAAAGGCCAAUAUCGCUCAAAUGCAAGAGAUGGAGAAAAUAUUAGCAAUAAACUAAGCCUCUCAGUUUCUGGAGAUCCCCUUGCCAUCUAUUAACCCUUUAACUCCCAAGAUCUGAUUCUCAAUUCUCUCCUCUAGCUGCUACAUAUUUCCUUGUAAAUAAGUUAUGAGAAUUUGGUGUCAGAUUAAGAUAACAACUCCUACCUGGUACAUUUGAGUAUUUUCAUUACCUGUUUGCUGGAUAGGGCAUAGAUAUUAUAGGGAGAAGUUACUUGUUAAUCGCUUCUGGGAGUUAAAGGGUUAAAAUAUUGUUUUUAACAAUUAUUGUAAAGUUACUCAUUUGGUGGAGUAAACCAUCUUUCUUUUUAUGAAUAGUGAAUGGGGCAUUUAUUUGAGGGUUAUAAUAAAAAAAAUAACAAGACAAACAACUAGUUUGUUACACCAUCCUUGACAUUUAUAUCUGCAAGAAAAGGAGACAUUGGAGCUUUGGAGUAAAUAUUGAUCAUACCUCCAUUAAUUAGAGUUAUAGAAAAAAGAGACCACAUAAUUUUGCCCCUGUUGGCCUCUACUUAGUAAAUUACAUUACAUACCUGUUUUUAAGGCUUAAGUGGGUUAGUUUUCACAGAAACUGUGGUGCUGUGCCAGUGGCGGGUAUUGAAAUAUAAUUUGUUUUAUUAACUGAGUUGAUAAGCUAAGGUAAAUUGGCCAUUGUAAAGAGUUUCUAAAAUCUGAAGUUGUUAGCAUUAGCUCUUCAUAAGAGGGAAUGAAGAAGGACGAUUGUCAAAAACAUCAGCUUUAGAAACUAUUUACAAUGGCCAUGUUACCAAAUUGUUUUGAAGGUUGUUCAACCCACAACUGUCUUUACUAUUUGUCAUUCCUAACAAAAUCUGUGUAAACUGAAGUCAGUCAAUCGAGGGUCUUGCUGUUGCAUGCCAGCCAUAUAUUUCCAUCACAAUUUUGCUCUUCCUAGGUUAUGUAUAAAUUUUUUUACCUGUCUAGUAUCCACCAUAUUAUAUCUUUGCCAUUUAUUUUCUAGACAUUACAUGGAAAACAAAGAGUGGUGGAAUAGUAAAAUGGAGGAGGAAUGGAAACGAGAGGCGCGCCAACAGGUUAUGGCAGCAUUUUCAAGAGCUGAGAAGGCACUCAAACCUCCAGUCGAGGAGAUGUUCAGUGAUGUAUAUGACACACUUCCUUCCCGUUUGAAGAAACAGUAUAAGGAGUGUAUGGAUCAUGUGGCAAAAUACCCUCAUGAGUACCCAACAGAACUUUAUCAGCCUGACAAAUGAUAUAAUAGGCUAAGGUGUAAUUUGUAAAUUUGAAUGGAUUUGAUGAAGGAGCUGUUAGAAAUAGAAUUUACACUUCCCAGGCCAAUUGGCAAAUAGUUGUAUGAGAAGCAAAUAAAUGACAGUACUGCCUGCUAACUGAGUUAAAGGUUCAUACUGUAAGUUAUGUACCAAGUUUUUCCACUAGGAUUAAUGGCCCAAGUGCAAAUUGUGUAGUCCUUUAUAACUCCCAUGAGUGAUCAAGACAGAAUUUCUCCUUACAAUAUUGAUAAAAUAUCAACCAGAUAAGUGAUGAGAACAAAGAAAAAUAUCAAUUAGGGGAUUAUUAAUUGAUCCAGUACCAAUUCUCCAAACUAACAUUACAAGAACUGUAUGACAGACAGUAAGGAGAUUUACUAAUGAGAUCUUGGGAGUUAGAGGAUUAAUUUGAGAAGGAACACAAGGUUCCAUGACUUACAGUACUGACUGAGAAGUAGUAAGAUAUUUAUUUAUCUUUGGGUUCAAAUAGAGGGCAGAAGAUUUCAUUUUAGACAAACUUUUUAAUUUAGUGGGCUGUUGAAAUUUGCCCUGCUAAAUUGACCAAUCACAUUGUGUGUAGGAACCAAGAAAAAUAAGAAAAAGGCUGGAUAUGAAGGUUUACUUGACAAUAUCACUCUUGUUCAGUGGUUAUCGACAUUAAUUUUUUUGCUCUCUGCUUAUUUGCCAAGGUUUAUCUUUCUCUAUUCCCCUUAUUAACCCCUGGGUCUCUGAGGGGGUAUUGCAGAUGUGUGUUUAUGUAUAAAGUCUAAAUCUGCUGGUUCAGAGUUAUCUGAUGCCAGGAAUGGAUGGAUGGCCUCUCUGUGCAUGACAGGACACCUUAUUAGAAUUAUGCAAUUCAGAGGGUCUCUUUCUGGAGGUGAGAGAUUAUUCUCACUGGGUAAUGUAAGGGUAUUUAAAUAAACUUAACAGGUUUUGUAGAGAAUGUGUUGUCAAGUAUUGAGAACUACUGGUAAGUUCUGAGUAUCUAAAGUAAAUUAUUCUUGAAAGUAACAGUAAACAAUUUAAGUUCCUUUCUUUAAUAACCUGUAGCUUUUACAUGUUAUGCAAUGACAGUAUUAUAGUAUAGGAGAAAUUUGUUCUAAGUUGUAUUUUCAUGCUAAAAUUUAUAAUCAAAGUCACACAUUAAACAAGGUAUUCCAUAGCAAAUAGCAAAAAAGGUUUCCCUGUUAAUUAUUGUCAACACUUUGUUCCUAUAACAUUCUCUUUAAGAAUCCUAGACUAGAGUUUUAAUCAAAGGCACACAUCAACAAAGUAUUCCAUAGCAAUUAGACAGUUUUAGAUCCAUGUUUGUGCCUGAAUACAUGUGACCACAAAUCACAAGGAGUCACCCAACCUGGCUCCAAUGGUCACGUUUACAGUUUGCAGUUCAUGUUUGAACUUUGGGCAAGGCAGUUUUAGGUAGGUCAACUCCCUCAGCACUUUUCUUCUUUCUGUUCAAAAUUUUUCCUGGAUUUGGGAUGCUAUAAAACCAAACUUUCAGCCACACUUUGUAUUUGAAAUGAAGGACCUCCAUCCUUUCUAUAAUUCCAGAUGGCAGCACACUUGUUGAUUUUUUUCAAGUAAACACCAACGUUGACAUCCAAAGCCAAAAAUCUUGAGACUUCUUACUUCUAACCUGAAACUGCCAACUGCAGUCUGCAGUUGACACACCAAACAUGGAUCUAAAACUCUCUAAUAGCAGAACAGGUGUUCCUGCUAAUUUUUGUAAGCACUUUGUUCCUCCAACAGUCUCUUUGUAAGCCAAUCAUAAUCCUAGACUCGAGUGUAAAAACUCCACAUGUCAAAUCAACCCUCUAAUCUUUAAAGUACAC